AUGUGUCAGGUGACACAUAGAAGAAAUGAUUCUCUUACAGCCUCAACCAUGUGGAUGAUUCCAGGGCAGAACCAAAGCUGGGUUUCUGAAUUUAUCCUGCUUGGCUUCUCCAGUGACCCCACGACCAACAGCAUCCUCUUCAUUGUGUUCCUUCUCAUCUACCUGUGCUCAGUCAUGGGCAAUGGGCUCAUCAUCCUGCUGAUCUGCCUGGACACACAUCUGCACACUCCCAUGUACUUCUUCCUCUGUAUCCUUGCCAUGUUGGAUACGGGUUACAUCACCACCACCAUGCCUCAGAUGUUGGUGCAUCUUCUUGCUCGUUCUCAGACCAUCUCCUUUGCUGGCUGCUGGAUGCAGAUGUAUGUGUUUGGUGCCCUUGCUGCUACUGAGAGCAUGUUGUUUGUUGUCAUGGCUUAUGACAGAUAUGUGGCCAUUUGCUACCCACUGCAUUAUACUGUCAUCCUCAACUGGGCACUGUGCAUAGAGUCGGCAACUGGGUCUUUAGUCUGUGGUUUCCUUUCUGCUUUGUUACAUACUUUCUUCACCAUGAGUCUGCCAUAUUGUGGACCCAACAAAGUCAACCACUACUUUUGUGAAGGCCCUUCAGUGCGUAGCCUGGCUUGCAUGGAUACCCACAUCAUUGAGAUGGUUGACCAGGUCUUGAGUAUUCUUAUGUGUCUUAUUCCAAUUUCCCUCAUUAUGACAUCCUACAUUCAUAUUGCCAUGGAUAUUCUCAAGAUCAAGUCCACCCAGGGCCGCUGCAAGGCUUUCUCUACCUGUGCCUCCCACCUGACUGUGGUCACACUCUUCUAUGGUCCAGCCACUUACAUCUACAUGAGACCCAACUCCAGCUACUCCCCUGAGCGAGACAAGCAGAUCUCACUCUUUUACAAUACCUUCACUGCCUUGCUUAACCCCAUGGUCUAUAGUCUGAGGAACAAAGACAUCAAGAGGGCAUUUCUCAAGACCCUAGCACAUGGUAGAGUGGACUAG